CCUGAGCUGCAGGCUGCUCCUUACUGCUCUCUGAAAGAUAUAAAAAACUUCACCUGUGGAAGAAAACCUGCGACACACUGUGAAACCAUGGCGAGCAGCUAUCUGUCUGAAGAUCAGCUUCUGUGCUCCAUCUGUCUGGAGGUGUUCACUGAUCCGGUCACCAUCCCAUGUGGACACAGCUUCUGUAAGAGCUGCAUCACAGAAAACUGGAAUAUUACUGUCUGCUGUCAGUGUCCUCUGUGUAUUAAUGUUUUCCACAGUAGACCAGAGCUGAAUGUUAACACCUGUAUAUCCGAGAUGGUGGCUAAUUUCAAACAGCCCACUCUAAAGGAAGGCAGCAGAUCAGAGGAACAGCGAGCCGAACUGGAAGAAGUUUCCUGUGAUGUCUGCACUGACACCAGGAUGAAGGCUGUGAAGUCCUGCCUGGCGUGUCUGACCUCCUACUGUGAGACUCACCUGGAGCCUCAUCACAGAGUCCCGGGCCUGAAAAGGCAUCAGCUGAUCGAGCCUGUGGAGAACCUUGAAGACAGAAUGUGUCAGGAGCAUGACAGACUUUUAGAGCUCUUCUGCAAGACUGACCGGAUGUGCGUAUGUCAGUUCUGCAAGCAGUCAAAUCACAAGGGACAUCUCAUUGUUCCUCUGAAAGAAGAAUAUGAACAGAAGAAAGCUGAACUGGGAGCAAGAGAGGGUAAAAUUCAUCAGAUGAUCAGAGAAAGAGAGGUGAAAAUAAAGGAGCUCACAGAUUUGGUAAAGCGCAGCAAGGAAGCUGCAGCGAGAGAAAAAACAGCAAGUACCCAAAUCUUCAAUGAUCUGAUCCAGUGUAUAACGACAAGUCUGGAUCAGCUCAUUGAUGUGAUUGAAGGGAAGCAGAAAACAGCAGAGAACCAGGCUGAAGGCUUCAUCAAAGAGCUGGAGGAAGAAGUGUCUGAGCUGAGGAAGAAUAUCUCUGAGCUGGAGCAGCCCGUGCACACUGAAGACCACCUCCAGUUCCUCCAAAGCUUCCCAUCCCUGAAUCCUGUUCCACCUACCAAUGACUGGACUGAGGUCAAAGUUCACUUGUCAUAUGAGGGGACUGUGAAGAGAGCUGUGGCUCAGCUUGAGGAGAUGCUCAGUAAAGAGAUGAAGAAGCUGUGCAAUAAUGUGGAGCUGAAGAGGGUUCAGCAGUAUGCAGUGGAUGUGACGCUUGACCCAGACACAGCACAUCCUAACCUCGUCCUGUCUGAUGAUGGAAAACGGGUAUCUUCUUGUAAUGAAAGGCAGGAUUUCCCAGAGAACCCCAAGAGAUGCACUUUUUAUUCAAAUGUCCUGGGAAAGCAGGGUUUUUCCUCAGGAAGAUUUUACUAUGAAGUUGAGGUUGAUGAAAACCCUCAGUGGGAUUUAGGAGUGGCCAAAGAGUCAAUAAACAGGAAAGAGGAAAAACCCCUGUGCCCCAAAAAUGGCUACUGGACUGUCCGGCUGAGAAAUGGAAAUCAGUACAAAGCUCUUGUUGGCGCCGCCAUCUGUCUCAGUCUGAAGGCACAGCCACGGAAGGUGGGGGUGUUUGUGGACUAUGAAGAGGGUGUGGUGAGUUUUUAUGAUGUGGAUGAAGCAGCUCUCAUCUACUCCUUUACUGGCUGUAACUUCACUGAGAAACUCCACCCAUUAUUCAGUCCCUGUUUUGAUGAAGGUGGUGCAAACUCAGCCCCCCUGAUUAUCUCUCCUGUUCUUGGAAAACAUUAGACUCAUUAUUUAGUUUUUCCUUAGAGAAUCUACUGGUCAAAAUAUGUUU